CGCUGCGCGACUUCGGGGGCGUCGGCCGAGUGGGCACUCCGCGAUGCAGCUCCUGAAGGCGCUCUGGGCACUCGCAGGGGCCGCGCUCUGCUGUUUCCUCGUCCUGGUGAUUCACGCUCAGUUCCUCAAAGAAGGUCAGCUGGCCGCCGGCACCUGUGAGAUUGUGACCCUGGACCGCGACAGCAGCCAGCCCAGGAGGACGAUCGCCCGGCAGACGGCUCGCUGUGCCUGCAGAAAGGGGCAGAUCGCGGGCACCACGAGAGCCCGGCCCGCCUGCGUGGACGCUCGGAUCAUCAAGACAAAGCAGUGGUGCGACAUGCUCCCGUGUCUGGAGGGUGAAGGCUGUGACCUGCUGAUCAACCGGUCAGGCUGGACGUGCACGCAGCCCGGAGGGCGGAUAAAGACCACCACGGUCUCCUGACAAACGCAGCCCCAGAGGGGCCCCGGGAGUGGCCUUGGCUCCCUGGAGAGUCCACGCCUCAGCCACGGCCCUCUGUCCGCCGUGGGCACCACCUGUUCUCUGCCACCCGCCCACCGUCCGUUUCUCUGUAGCCUGCCAAGGACAGCCCACUUCCCUGGCGUUCUGAGCUGAGUGUGUCCGCGGCAGCGAGGAGCCCGGCCUGGGACACAGCGGGGGCAGCGCUGGGCGUCCGCGGGAGCCUGGCCUCACCAGCCCGGGAAGAAGGGUGGCGCCGGGCCCGGGGCAGGACUGGCCUCUCCUUGUGCCCCAGACUGUCCGAAUCGCUUUUAUUUUCUUACCCUUUCAGUAUUUACUCAAUAGACCAAAGAGCAAAUCUAUUUUAACGUGGACUCACCCUCACCGUCCGAGUCCCUGGGUCCGACUGGGGGACACGGGGGCCGAGACGUGCCGGGGGCCCCGGCGGGGCGCGGAGGGCGGCCCUGGCGGGCGCGUCCGCCCCACGGACACUGCGGCGCGCCCUGAGAGGGGCCCAGCUGGCGGAGGA